UAAUUUUCUAGGAAUCGUGCUAGCGGAGCUGCUUCCGGUGAGAGCGACGGCGCGGACAUGUUCCCGCCUCUCCCUGCAGCCCAGUGGGAAGCGGAGGCCUGGCGCAGAUAAACAGUGAGGGAGAAAAUGGCGGACACAGCUGGAACUGGCUUGGAGCUUUCCUAACAUCUAAUAGAUCACUUCACGUCCCCUUGAAGUGUCUCCUCUGGGAUGCAGUAACUUUUAAAGAGCAUUUCUGGCACUUGGCAGCGUGAAGCUCUGCCAAAUGGAAGAAAAAAACCCCGACAACACAGACGGAGAGAAAGAAAGAGCACCCUCAAUCAGGAAGUGACAGCUUUUUAGCUGCGCCAAAGGAAUCAGGCAACUUCCUGGUCAGGUUGCCAUGGUUACUGGAAACUCGGCCAGCUGCCGCAGCCGUUAGCCGUUAGCGGCGACGGUUAAGACGGAAGAGUUAAAGACAGACUGACUUUUAAAUUCUGUGUGCGAUCCAGGGCGGGCAGGACAUUCCGACACCUGCCACCUAGCCAGCCGGAGAGACGGGGAACAGGAUUGGGAAGCAGGGCGAGGCGGGCCCCGCGGAGCCGGUGGAGAAGAUGGCCGGCAGCCCCGAGAAGAGCUCCACCGCGCAGGAGCUGAAGGAGCAGGGGAACCGGCUGUUCCUCUGCCGCAAAUACCAGGAGGCUGCUUCAUGUUACAGCAAAGCUAUCAACCGUAAUCCGUCGGUGGCGGUGUACUACACCAACCGGGCGCUCUGCCACGUGAAGCUGCAGCAGUACGACAAAGCUCUGGCAGACUGCAAGCACGCACUGGAGCUGGACAGUCAAUCGGUCAAGGCUCACUUCUUCCUGGGCCAGUGUCACCUGGAGCUGGAGAACUACGACGAGGCCAUCGGCAACCUGCAGAAAGCUUAUAACCUGGCAAAAGAGCAGAGGCUGAAUUUCGGAGACGACAUCCCGAGCGCGCUUCGCAUCGCCAAGAAGAAGCGCUGGAACAGCAUCGAGGACAAACGCAUCAACCAGGAGAACGAGCUUCACGCCUACCUGACCAAACUCAUUCUGGCCGAGAAGGAGAGAGAACUUGAAGAAUACAAAGAGAAACAGGAUGACAAUCAAAAUGGAGGCGAUGCUGGAAAAAUUUCAUCUAAACAUGAGAAGUAUUUAAUGGAGAUGGAAGAGCUUUUCUCUCAGGUGGAUGAGAAAAGAAAAAAGCGAGAAAUCCCAGAUUACCUUUGUGGAAAGAUCAGCUUUGAGCUGAUGCGGGAGCCGUGCAUCACACCCAGCGGCAUCACCUACGACCGCAAAGACAUCGAGGAGCAUCUGCAGCGGGUGGGCCACUUCGACCCCGUGACCCGGAGCCCCCUGACCCAGGAUCAGCUGAUCCCCAACCUGGCCAUGAAGGAAGUGAUCGACGCCUUCAUCCAGGAGAACGGUUGGGUGGAGGACUACUGAAGCGCCCGGCCCGUUUCCCCGUUCGGAGCCUGGACGACACAGACUGUGGAGAAGCAGAACAGCCUCACUGCGGACCACCAAACCGGAGAAUCACUUCUUCUUCUUCUGCAGUAAAUCUUCUCUCUCCGGCUCUGAGGCUCAGUGUUAGCCGCCGCUGCUCCCUUUAAGUUCACUCUCUUCCUCUUCCUCCUCCUCUUCGUCACGCUGUUUUUGGGUCUCAGAUUGGGCGACCAGAUGGCGCCCAGGUCUCUGUCGCCCUCCACCUUCUUUCUCUGAAAGCGCCGCAGUCCAGCGUUUCCACCGAUUAUAAACACGGAAGAAAGAAUCAGACUUUUUGUGUCGGGAUCCAUAAAGACGUUGGAGUUUUAUUUGAUGUUUCAUCCAAGUAUAUUUUAUGUAUUUUUUCAUGAAAAACGGACCAUCAGUCACUAAAAUGCCAAAAAGCUGUUGACUCAAAGGAAAAGGGAGCAAGUACCCCUUUCUUCCUGCAGGUGGCGCCUCUUACACACCUGUCCCGUCACUUUACUGUAAACGUCAGUAGAUUUAAGUAGAUCUCUUCUCCUUUGCAUAUCAAUCACACCCCGAUGCAGACAAUUAAGAUAAGUUGAAUGUAUGGUUUCUAUAUUUCUUAUUUUUUAAUCAGAACAGUUUAAGGUUUCGGGAAAAACCUCAAACUGGGAUCAGAAGAUGAAUUGCUGCAUUAAAACAAAACAUUUCCAUGUUGCUGGAUAUGAAACGCCUAAAUGUUUAAACCCGAGAGACUUUCAGCUGUUGCUGCGCUGUCUGUCUGUUUCUGGACGCGAGGAGGAUCGCAUCAAGCAUGAAGUGCAUUUCCUUGAACUAGGACAAAUCUUUGCCCCGUCAGAAAGGACUUGAGGUUCAGAUGGCCACUGCCCCAGCGUCCGCCACCUAAAAUAAAAAAUAAAAACAUGCUGGAAGAGCUAGAACAUCUUCAUCCAUACCUCAGUCCAAGUGUUUGCUUGCUGGAUUUCCAGCAUCCCUGUAAUAAAACUGCAAACA